AUGGCAGCGUCGUCUGGCGGCGGGAAGGCCAUGAAGUACGCCAUGAAGAACACCCUCUACGUUCGAAACUUGAGCCCGAACAUAUCGGAAGGGGUGCUUCGCGAGGUCUUCUCCCGGUGCGACGAGAUCGAGGAGAUCACAUUCCGGCCGUUCUCCACAACGAAGACCGAGUUCUUUGCACAGAUCGACUUCAAGACGUCCAAAGGCGUCACAGAAGGCGUCCGACUCAGCGGCGUGGAGAUAUUGGGCGUGGCGUGCGCAGCCGGGGUGCUCAAUCCAUCAGAGAAGUCCCAAGGGAAGGAGGAGGAGUUCGACGACCUCACCGUCAAGCUGCUCUCGCCAGAGGAGCUGCAGAGAGAGUACCUCAAGCGCCUGACGAAGGCCGAGGAGGAGCAGAGGCUGCGCACGGUGCACAUCGCUGGCCUGGAGAGGGACGUCAGCUCCGCGCUGCACCCUCGCCGCCUCGCGCCCCGACUUCCACGAGUUCCCCCACGCGCGAUCGCGCUGCAGACGAUGUCCGGGUACGCCGCCGCCCGGCUGUUCGCCGAGCCGCAGAGCGACGCCGCCGAGGAGCCGCUCGGAGCUGCACCCUCGCCGCCGCGGCCCUGGCGCGCCGCGGCGGCCCUCUGCGCAGCCGCGCUGCUCGUGGGGGCUGUCUGCUCCGUGGCGGCUGGCGCUGGGGAGGGGACCAGCGCGCUGAGACCAGCUGCGCCGCGCGGGCAGAGCGCCAGAGUGCUCGACUUUGUGAGCAAGGUGGCGGCGGCGGGUGCGGAGAAUGAGACGACGAAAAAUGAGACGACCGAGGAAGCUGAGACGGUCGAACCGCCGUGCUACGUCCAGCCGGCCGGCAGCGGGUUCUCCGUCGAGGACGCCACGAAGUGCUCCGAGAAUCUCAGAGAGAUGAUGGAGAACGCGAACGGGACGGCGGCGACGGGAAUCGGCAGCUACAACGGCACGGACCACGAGAUCACCGUCCGCUUCAACGUGAAAUCGACGACCGACAUCGACACCGCAGCGGUGAGCUCGCAGCUCCAGGCCCUACAGAACGCCGCCAGGGUGGUCUUGGGCGCCGCAAUCCCCCUCGCGCUCCCUCACGAGAACACUCGCUCGUGCAUGUACACCCUCGUAGAAAAAGACGAGCUCCACGUGAACUGCGAGUUCACGGUCUGCAGCGCAGACGACUCCAAGGCGGUGUGGGAGGCGUGCAUGUCCGCCUCAAACUCGGAGGGGAGCAUCGCCGGCGAGCUGGGCUUCCUCGAGGGCCCCACGGUCACGGACGUCCUGUGCGCGAAGAACGCGCUCGUUUGGUGA